AUGGCGAAGAAAGCCAAAUCUCGUACCAUUGCCGUACGAAUCAUCAGCAUGGCCAUGACAGGCUACUACAAGACUCUCGUCCGACCUCGUACCAGCAGGCCGCUCAGCAUGCUGAAAUACGACCCCGUAGUGAAGAAGAAAGUGCUUUUCUUGGAGGCCAAGCGUGGGAAGUAA